AAAGUACGGAGUUACGUUAAAUCUACUAUAUCCGAUAUUCAGAAAAUCUAAUUUGGGACUUUAUUUUCAGUGAACAUUAAAAACACAUCGAUCGAUUCAAACUAUUCACAGUAGAACGACACUGUGCAUUCUCGUUCGACUCCAAUUAUCUAUAUGUGGUGACAAUUUAUACUGCACUGUAAAAUGAUCUUUCCGACUUCUUGAAAUUUGUUUAUUUCGUUGGCAUUUGAAUUUUGUUUGUACCUGAUUGACCAAUCAAGUACGCUUUUUUUGAUAUGGAUGAAGUUUAGCGCGUAAUCAUAUUAAUCACCGGUAUGGUAAAGAAUAUAAUUGCAAAUUUAAUAAUUUGUAUUUUUUGAUUUUAUAAAGAAAGUCUCGAUGAAACUUUUAGAAGAAUAUCAAGAACUUAUUGAACGUGAUUCGGUUGAAAUUUCUUGUUUAUGGAAAUAUUUACAAAUGUUUUUGUACUUACUGUGCGCGAUUAGCGGAUAUGCAUCUAGCGUUUUGUUCUACACAUUAUGGGAACAAAUUUUCGGAGGUAAUUGCCCAUUGUGGGCAAAAGCUAUUCUGUUGAAAGAAGAUAUAGAAUUAGAUGAUAUUCAUGGUGUAUGUAAAAUUAAUUCAGACUGGUGGAAGUAUAUUUAUAUUGAUUAUCAGUAUGAAAAUAUAUGCGUUGUGUAUUUAAUAACAAGCUUCUCAUCUUGUAUAUUUGGAAUCGUUUGGUUUACUCUAUUCCUUAUGUGUGGGAAAGGAGGAUAUGAUGUAACAAUAUAUCCAGGUCCAUGGAGAAUUGUAUUUCCUGCAAUAUACUUUAAUCUUGUAUUUACAAUUAUAUGCAUAUAUACACAUUAUAAUUUACAACAAGGAUAUAAAACAUUAAGCAAAAAUAUAAAAAAUAUCUCUUCUGAAAUAUAUAAUAUGUGCCAAAUAGUUGUGGAUGUAAGUGAUUGUGAAAUCAUAAGGAUACACAUGAAUAUAUAUAACUUUUACACACAUAAUCUUGAUUAUAUGUGUAAUAUAAUCUUAUAUCUUCAGGUCCCUUCAGUUGUAAUGAUGUGCAGUUGGAUAGGAGGGCUGGUAAUAUUAAUUUCCAGACUAAUUAUGAUCAAUGACUUUAGAAUUUUAAGGAUUAAAAUCUAUGAAUUAAAGGAAGAAUAAUUCUCAAUGUUUAUUAUACAUAUAAAAAAAAGUUUAUUCUCUGUGCAAACUUUACAUUUUUCUGUAAAUUUAUACUAUGUAAAACAGUAAAACAGUAAAAAUAAAUGUAAUUAUUUAAUGGUUAUACAACAUUUUAUUUAUAAUCAAUAUAUCUUCAAUGUAUAAAUCAAUAUAUAUUCUACACGAUUAACAGUUUGUUAUAAAAGGUUUCUAGGAAAUAAUCUAUAUAAUACUUGAAGUUAUCUGCAUAUUCUAAAUAUCAUAAUUAACAUAUUUAAUAGAAUCCAUUUUUUCAAUGUCUUAGAAAUUAAUCUAAUGCUCCAUA